AGUCAUUCAGCACAGGGAACUAAUGGCAUCGUUCAUACUCCUCCGCCGCUUGAUUUAUCCUGCAGCCGUCAGAUCUUGUUGUAAUUGGAUUUCCCCAGCUGGUAUUUGCAGCGGCGCUCGACGAAUAUCAUCAUCAUCAUCUGCGGCUGCGCCGCCAUGGCUGAUGAUUGACGGCAGCAAGAAAGAUUCGUACAAGUUCUACAACCUGGCCGACAAACAAGUUGUAAGUGUCGGCAAAAAAAGAGAGGAAGAAGAUGGUGUGCUGGUUGGAUCUUCCCAUGGCUGGCUAGCUUUUUACAAGGAGAACAUGAACCCGGGCCCACCCAUCUUUGACCUGUUUCUCUCUAAUCCCCUCUCUAAUCACGAACAAUCCUUGGUGAAACUUCCACCUGUUGAAACACUUCCUUUAACAGAAGACAAACUGAGACGAGGUUGGGGUACGCCGACGAAGAUCAUCCUUUCGUCCUCUCCCGACAACAACCGAGAAGCCUGUCGCGCGAUCAUGUCUUUCGGACCGGAAUUGAGGCUUGCCUUUUGCUGCCCGGGCCGCAGCGACGACGAAGAGUGGACUCCGAUCGGUUCCCUCUAUCACAAGGACGAUCCCAUUGAUCGAAGGAUCGCAAGGGGUUACGUGGACUUUGUGUAUUCAACCAGACGUAACCGACUGCUUUGCGCGACCACGUGGGGCCACUUUGAGAGCUGGGAUCUUGUGGACCCUCACUCUCCUAAAAUGAACUGGGACAAGGUUGACCGUGAAAUGGACUGCGAUAAGGUGUACGAGGUGGCCGAAAAGGAGCCAAUCGACUUGUGGAAAUACAUUGUGUUCGCAGAGCGGUCGAACCGGAUUUUUCUCGUUCGGCGCUAUGCGGUCAUUCAUAUCAGGCCCGACGGUUCCUCUGUUGAGGAAUACGACGACAGUUUUCCGUACAAGACCGUUGAUUUUGAUGUCCAUGAGUUGGUUGUUGAGAAAGAGGGAGAGAGAGAUCAGCUGAGGUACAUGGACGGUACGUUGGAUGGUAUGGCGUUCUUCAUUGGGACGGGGCAUGGGUUCGUAAUUGAAGGAGACGACGAAUUGGUCAAGCAUAAUGUGGAGCCCGAUUCGAUCUAUUUCACCGACAUGGAUGCACUCUGUCCGACGCCUUGGAAUCGAGAUAUUACAACGUACGGUGGCCACGAUCUCGGCAUCUUUAAUUACCGAGACAAGAAAUUCUACCCGUGCUACUAUCCUUGUGAUAUCCAAAGCAUUCAGAGGAUUGAUCCGCCACCAUUGUGGUUCACUCCAUCCUCUUCCACCUAG